AUGCUACCGUACGAGAGAACAUCUGUAGACGAUUGCGAGUUGCGAUAUUUUAGAAGUGUUUCCCCGGAUCAGUUCAUUUCAUCCGGAUCGCCAGCAUUUCCUGGAGAGUUUGCUCACAUAGCGGCCAUUGGUUGGACACAGCCAGACGGUACCGUUCAGUGGAAGUGCGGAGGAUCGUUGAUAUGGGAAAACUAUAUUCUCACUGCAGCGCACUGCUACGCCGAUCCGGAUACAAAUCUUUCGCCGGAUGUAAUUCGAAUAGGUGAUCUCAAUCUCUUUGACGCUGACGAUGAUGAAUUUGUGCAGGAGAGGAAAAUCGUACAAAUUAUACGACACCCGCUGCACAAUGCAUCCACCGUUUACUAUGACCUUGCGCUGCUGAAGCUGGAUAAAAAAGUUAUCCAAAGCGAAGGAGUUAUCCCAACCUGUCUGUGGUUGGACGACAGCAUACCGUUCUCAACGCUUGAGGUUGCUGGAUGGGGUCAAACCGGAUUUGGUAAGGAGAAGUCAAAUAUGCUUCUGAAAGCAGAGCUGAAAUUGAUGACAAAUACAGAUUGUGCAAAGUAUAACAAUAAACGCACUCAACGUCGACUGGGUAAUGACCUAGCUGAUCACCAACUGUGCGCCUGGGAUGAGGUAAUGGACACAUGCCCGGGAGAUUCUGGAGGACCGCUACAUUAUAAUCUGUACUAUAAGCACACGAAAAUUCCGUUUCUUGUUGGGGUAACGUCGUUUGGUAAGGCGUGCGCAGUUUCGCAGCCCGGUGUGUACGUAAAGGUUGCUAAAUUCAAACAAUGGAUAAUAGAAACGAUACAAGAGCAAGGUGAACAAGUGACGGCCUUCAUGUUCGAGCCGCUGGCCUGCGCUUCAAGAAAUUCCUAUACGCGAGCAACAUUUGAUAGAAAAUUCGAUGAAAGGAUGUAUGUCACGAGUGUUCAAAUGCUGUGGCCGCAUCAACCACCUCCCGACGCAUGUGCUGGUAUUCUAGCAGAACCUGAUGCAGUUGUAACAUUGGCGCAAUGUGUCACCUUCAAUGGGUAA